GAAAAACUACUCGUUCAAAUCUUUUCUCUAAUUUCAAAACACAAUGGCAGAUAACUCCUCCCAGAAGAUGAGCUUUCAGGCUGGAGAAGCCAAGGGCAGAACCCAGGAAAAGGCAAGCAACGUGAUGGAGAGGGCUGGAAAUGCUGCUCAGUCUGCCAAGGAAUCUGUUCAAGGGGCUGGUCAGCAGAUGAAGGCCAAAGCACAGGGAGCUUGUGAUGCUGUAAAGGAUGCAACUGGGAUGAACAAAAAUUAAAUUAAUUUCCUUUUUCUUGGAGUUUAUUAAUUAGUUUAAUGAGCAUCUCACAAUUAAAUAAUUUAUUUGUUUUUUAAAUGUAA